AUGGAUCUAAAGACAGCAGUGUUCAUCGCAGCUCGUGAUGGCAAGCUGUGUCUCCUUUCCAAGUUACUGGCAAGCAAAACAAGAGAAGAGGUGGCCUUACUAAUGUCAGAAAAAACCAACGGUGCCACACCACUUUUGAUAGCAGCUCGUUAUGGGCACAUUGACAUUGUGGAAUACUUGUUGGAUUAUUGCUCUGCUUCUAUAGAGAUUGGUGGUUCGGUUAAUUUUGAUGGUGAGAUCAUUGAAGGCGCUCCACCAUUAUGGGCAGCAUCAGCUGCUGGACACUUGAAGGUGGUUCAGUGUCUGUUGGAUCAUGGUGCAUCUGUCAACAACACAACUCUAACAAAUUCAACUCCGCUUAGAGCAGCCUGUUUUGAUGGUCACUUGGAAAUAGUAAAAUACCUUGUGGAGCACAAAGCAGACUUGGAAGUAUCAAACCGUCAUGGGCAUACAUGCUUGAUGAUCUCAUGUUACAAAGGCCACAAAGAAAUUGCUCAGUAUUUACUUGAAAAAGGAGCUGAUGUUAACAGAAAAAGUGUUAAAGGAAACACUGCAUUACAUGACUGUGCAGAAUCUGGAAGUUUAGAGAUCAUGAAGAUGCUUCUCAAGUAUUGUGCAAAGAUGGAAAAGGAUGGCUAUGGAAUGACUCCUCUUCUGUCAGCCAGUGUGACAGGCCACACAAAUAUUGUGGACUUCCUGACCCAACAUGAACAGACUAGUAAGAUAGAAUGCAUAAAUGCUCUGGAACUUCUAGGAGCAACAUUUGUGGACAAAAAGAGAGAUCUGCUUGGUGCUUUGAAAUACUGGAAGCAAGCUAUGGAAAUGCGAUACAAUGAUAGGAUUAGUAUCCUGAACAGACCUGUACCACAAACACUAAUUAUGGCCUAUGAUUACGCUAAAGAAGUAAACAGCUUAGAAGAGCUAGAAAAUCUUAUUGCAGAUCCUGAUGAGAUGAGAAUGCAAGCACUAUUAAUUAGAGAACGUAUUCUUGGUCCUUCUCACCCAGAUACAUCCUACUAUAUUAGGUACAGAGGUGCUGUCUAUGCAGACUCUGGAAACUUUAAACGAUGCAUCAACUUAUGGAAAUAUGCUUUGGACAUGCAGCAGAGCAAUCUAGAUCCACUGAGCCCUAUGACAGCCAGCAGUUUACUAUCAUUUGCUGAACUCUUCUCCUUCAUGCUGCAGGACAAGGCAAAAGGCCUGCUAGGCGCUACUGUCACAUUUGAUGAUCUAAUGGGUAUACUAUGCAAAAGUGUUCUCGAAAUAGAGCGGGCCGUGAAACAAAUCCAGUGUCCUCCUGAUCCAAUACAGCUAAACAAAGCACUUUCGAUCAUUUUGCAUUUAAUUUGCUUGUUGGAAAAAGUACCUUGCGCCUCAGAACAGGAGCAUUUUAAGAAACAGACUAUAUAUAAGUUUCUUAAGCUUCAGCCUAGAGGGAAGAAUAACUUCAGUCCACUUCACCUUGCUGUUGACAAGAAUACUACAUGUGUGGGUCGCUACCCAGUUUGUAAAUUCCCCUCUCUACAAGUUACUGUUAUCUUGGUGGAAUGUGGUGCUAAUAUAAAUGUCAGAGACUCUGAUAACAACAGUCCUUUACAUAUUGCUGCACUGAACAACCAUCCAGGCAUCAUGAAUUUUCUUAUCCAGUCAGGUUCACACUUUGAUGCCACAAACUUGCAUAAACAAACUGGAUCCCCUCCCUUGACCAGCUGA